AUGGAGAUUAAUUGCGGAGAAGUAGGAAGGGUUUGUGGUAAGUAAAACAUUGUCUUUCGUGCUAAAAAGAGCUAGUUUGCCUUUGCCCGCCGCCCGGUUAGCUCUGUUGGAUAAGCGCCGGUCUGCCGAGCGGGAGGCCGCUGGUUGAAGUCCCGGCCGGACCAACACUCAGGGUCUUUAAAUAACUGAGGACAAAGUGCUGCCUUUGUAAAGACAUCUGCAAACGGUUAGACUUUCUAGUCUUCUUGGAUAAGGACGAAAAACCGUAGGCCCCAUCUCACAACCCUUGCAUAUAUAAAUUCUGUGGGACGUUAAAGAACCCACACGCUGUUCGUAAAGAGAAGGGGUCGUAGUCUCGGUGUAGUGGUCUAUCUCUAUCUUUGAUGUUAUGACGAAGGAAAAUUAGAGAGGGUAAAAAUAGUAACCCAUAGGGUAGGUGUUAGGCACUCCCCGCCCCCUACCCCGCUCCUUUUGAGUAGCCAUUUUCUCCUCUCUUUUCGAAUUUCAGCAUGGCGCUUUUGCAAGCAAAACAUUCGCGCGCCCGAAGAAAACGUCUGCACUGCAGGCUAUGUAAAUCAUUAUCAUGUUCUUUCAUUUAUUUAUUGCCAUGGAAUGCGUUUACAUUGUUUUUCUACUGUUAAUAGCUAGGUUAAUUUCGAUUUAGAAAAGAUAGCUAUCAUCGACUCUGGUUUUUGCAGAAAAAUGUUCAGCGUAGAUUCAUUUUCUUCUUUCAGUAGGAAGAAAAGUUUUGGUAUGUUGUUAUUGGCAAUGGCUUCAGAAAUUGUUAUUUACAAUUAAAUUUAAUUUGCAAAACAUUUCCUUUGAGCGCUUUUCGCCAUUUUGUGUUGCCAAUGCCGGGAAAUCGUGGGUUGAAAUGUCUGUUAUUCGGAGACAUGACUGCGCCUUCUUGAUUAGGAGCAAGACACGGAUUAAUUGGUGACGAUAAAAAGUCGUGCCUGCGGCGGCCUCUGCUGCUGCUGCCACCACCAUCGUUCACAUCAAUAUACUCAUCAACUGCGCAUUCGACUAUUCGUGCAAAACCUCCAAUACCUCCUCGCGGGAGUUUGUGCCAUUCUGUUCCUCCUCCACUGACACGAAAU